UUGGUUUAUAGAACAAGAAAAGGAGAGUCGAAUGAUACUCGCUUUCAGAGAGCAUCGUACCGACGGGCCAGUGUUCUUGAUCGUGAUGUUUUCCUCUGGUUAAAUUUGCGCUCGGAACAAAUUGUAUUCACAACGGGUGAAGAAGAAGAGUAUAGAAAGAGAAGGGAGCGUGAAAUGUGCCAGACUGAGCAGAAACGAUGGAGGUGCGACAAGGGCAUGACAGGACACAGCGUUGGUGCGAUUGCAGAUCAACUCCAGGACAUAAUCUACCGUCAGUACCGUAUUCAAUUGGCUUCCAGUGGAACUGAAGUAUCUCGUCAGCCACCUUCUGGUCUAGAUGGCGAUCACAAUGGUGCCUUCGCGUAA